CAAAAUUUUAGCAUACAAUUCUCAAUCAUAUAUGCCUUAAGACUAACUAAUGUGUGAAGUACUUGUUAUACUAGUAAAAUCUGCAGAGACAGAAAAAGAAGAAAAAUGGGCAAGCCACAUGUUCUAGCUAUACCUUAUCCAGCACAAGGCCAUGUAAUUCCUCUGAUGGAGCUUGCGCAGUGCUUAGUCACAGCCGGUUUCAAUGUCACCUUUGUAAACACUGAGUUUAACCACAAACGUGUAACUGAUGCAUUCUCAGAGAAAAAUAACAUAGGGGAUGAGAUACAUCUGGUUUCAAUUCCGGAUGGGUUGGCAUCCUCUGAGGACAGAAAUGAUUUGGGAAAGCUAUCAGAAGCAAUCUUUCGAGUCAUGCCGGAAAAGCUUGAGGAGCUCUUAGUGAAGAUUAAUGAAUCAGAUAGCGAAGAUAUCACUUGCAUUAUUGCGGAUGAGAGUAUGGGAUGGGCCCUGGAAGUUGCGGAGAAGAUGGGAAUCAGGCGAGCAGCCUUCUGGCCUGCAGCAGCAGCAAUGUUGGCCUUGGGAUUGAGCAUUCCCAAGCUAAUUGAUGACAAAAUCAUAAACAAUGAAGGAUUUCCAAUUAAUAACCAGAUGAUUAGGUUGUCACCAACCAUGCCAGCCACGAGCACAGCACACUUAGCAUGGACCUGCAUUGGUGACGUGACCACCCAAAAAAUUAUUUUUGAAGUUGUGGUGAGAAAUACCAAAUCUGUGAAAGUAGCGAACUGGCUGAUUUGCAACUCAACUUAUGAGCUAGAGCCUGAAGCAUUUACCUUGUUUCCAAACAUCUUACCAAUAGGUCCACUUUUGGCAAGCAAUCGGCUUGGAAACUCAGCAGGUUAUUUCUGGCCAGAAGACUCAGCCUGCCUGAAAUGGCUUGAUCUACAACCACCCAGAUCAGUCAUCUAUGUAGCAUUUGGGAGCUUCACAAUCUUUAACCACAACCAGUUCCAAGAACUGGCUCUGGGACUUGAGCUCACCGACAGGCCAUUCCUAUGGGUUGUGAGGCCAGAUUUAACUCACAACACAAUUGAUCCUUACCCAGAAGGAUUUAGAGACAGAGUAGCAGCUCGUGCACGAAUGGUGGGUUGGGCACCUCAACAAAAGGUCCUGAGUCAUCCUUCUGUUGCAUGCUUCUUAAGCCAUUGUGGUUGGAACUCUACCAUGGAGGGUUUGAGCAAUGGAGUCCCUUUCCUGUGCUGGCCUUACUUCGCAGACCAGUUUCUUAAUCAGAGCUACAUUUGUGAGGUUUGGAAGGCUGGAUUAGGGUUCAAACCAGAUCAAAGUGGAAUCAUAACACAAGGAGAGAUUAAGGAUAAGGUGGAUCAAGUGCUUAGCAACCAGAAAUUCAAAGAAAUAGCUUUGGAGCUUAAAGAAAAGGCUAGAGGUAGUGUCAGAGAAGGUGGCUGUUCUCACAAGAAUUUCAACAAUUUCAUUGAAUGGAUGAAAGCAUAGACAAAAUUAAAGAGAACUUCUAUGUGAAAUUCUUGCCUAUCAUAAAGAACAAUGAGGCCUAGAAAAUUAAUUGCACUGUUAAAAAUUGCCUAAUUUUGCAACGGAAGUUUAGCUCAUCUUAGUGUUUGGAUGUAACACUAAGUCUCAACUCUGAAGACUGUUAUGAUAGAAAAUUGCCUAGGCAACUCCAUAUUA